AUGAACGCUGCAGCCAGGUCGGACGCUGCGAGACGUGAUGGAGCUGCCGGUACCGUUCCCCGUGUCCAGCUGCCUAACACCAAGAUGGUCGUCGAAAUUCUGGAUGACCCCGAGGAGGCGGAGAAUCAGGAAGAAGCGGCGGACGGCGUCGCUGUUAUUCUCAGCGACCCAGACAGCGAAGAGGAGGAGGAGCGUCUGCGUCAGCUUCAGAAGUUGUUCAAGGAACACUGCCGUCGAAGGAGGCUGCGAGGGGAGCAGAACGAAGCGAGAGAACCCACGUGCGACUCUGGAAAAGGGGGGAAAGUCUCCGACCGCGUCGAGGAAAUCGGGGAGAGAUGCCUUGACAUGGAGAGGGGAGUGGAAGAGUACGAGGACUUCUUUCAGCUCAACGCGGACGAAAAGGCCCUUUGGCUGGCUCUGAAGUUCAUCCACCUCUACCAGCGCUGCACGGAGAAGGUCGCGACACCUGGUACGAUGAGCCGCUCUCUACGAAAGAUGAAGGAGACGGUCGAGAAUCUCUUCCCUUCCAACGUCAUAGGGCCGGGCAGUCUGCGCCUCAUGCCCGGUUUCAGAUGUCUAUACACUGGCCAACUGAGCGCCGUUGGGCUGCACUGCGCAUUCAACGACCGCAUGUGCAUCGGACAUGAUGAUGAGAGUCUGCCCACCGUGACGUCGCUGCUGCUUAACGAUGACCGCAUUGAGGACAACAAUGAUAUCAUCAUUGUGUACGGAGAGGAAAACGACGGGAAGGGUUACGGCGCAUAUCCCGGCGACCAGAUGCUGUUUAUCGGCGGGACGAAUACGCGGAACUACUCGCUGUGGAAUGCGUGGAAGCUGGAAUACCCCGUACGCGUGGUUCGCGGCUACAAGUGCAAGUCAAAGUAUGCCCCCAGUUUCGGCUUUCGUUAUGACGGCCUCUACCGCGUCGUGGAGAUGCUGGCAGACUCGAACAACUCCCCGAGUGCUUUUCACCGACCUUCUCGUUCACCUGCGUCUGCUGCCUCGCCGUCGUCCUCGGACACAGGCGAUUCCCGUGUGCGUCGGCCUCUUUCGCGGCGACGGCCCGUUGAUCCCGUUUCUCCGGGACAGGACGCGCCUCUCUCUCGGAGAGCCGACCGCGGCGCGAGCGAUAGACCCAUCGCCCCAGCGUGGGAGCAGACCGAGACUGAGAUUCGGAAAGAGCGUCCGAGAACCGCAAAGACCGAAAACUGCGACAGCGCUUUUCCCCCUGCGAUUCUGCCGUCGAUGCGCCCGUGGCUGUCUCCGUUUUCCGGAAGAGGCGCUGCCGACCCUGCACGGCCGCAGGGGGUGUCUCCGACUGUUUCCGAUGGGGAACAGCCGCAACCCCCCUCGGGUUCCACGUCUCGGUCACUCUCCUUUUCUCGCCUGGCUGCAGUGUCUCCGGAGUCAUCUGACCCAGAUGGAGACUCCGACGCGUCUUCCGCCCGCCGUUGCGCAACACUUGCUCGCGGGCGUGACGACCCCGCGAGAAAGUAUUCCCUGGGCGGAGCACGGCAGCCGUGGUCAGUACUCUCAGGCCGCUCCAGUUUCUCGGACGCGGCUGCCUCUCGGGGCGGAACCUCGUCCAGCGAGAGUCGCCGACCGACGUCUCCGGUUCCGACGCAGAAACCAGGCUUAUGGAGCGAAGGGGAGCACAGCAGUUCUCGUGGGCCUUUCGGGUCUGCUGCCGUCUUUGAGAAGCUAGAGAAGGAACCCGUCAAUAGCCCCCGCAGCACGCCCGAGCAGGGCAGUCCUUCUGGCGGCGGAGCUGCGGCGGGCGGCCCAUACGGGAAGCGAGAGCGGCAGCAACUCGAAGGAAGACGAAUCUACAAAUUUGUGCUGGUGUCCAUACACCGGGACAUCUAUUUGGCUCCGGAAUCCAAGCUGCCAGACCGAGAUAUCGCGAUUUUCAGCCACCACGUCUUUGAGGACGACAAAGGACUCAAGAAAGUGAAAGCCCUGGCACACCACCAGUACCGCGCGCACUACAAGAUCCAAGAGCAACUGCAAGCUUCGCUGCCAACCUUCAGCCGAUCUACUAAGGUGGUUCAGGUGUGGAGUGAUCUGCCUUUCCCUUUUGCACUUGCGGUCCCGCCGGUGCUGAAACUCCCCGGGCAAUCGCAGUCGAUACUGUCGAACUUUGUGUGCAUCAUGGCUUCGGCAUACAAAAUUUACACCGAAAUCAAGCGUGCCAUGGACCCCAGUGCGUCGGAGAUCCCCUCGGGAGCUCUCCUUGCCGUCCAACAGUACCAAGCGGCUGUUUCCCUCUCGGCUUCUCCCUCGUCUCUUCUCUCCAAGACGUGCUCAAGAACAGGGCCGAGGUGCUCGGCCUUGCCUUCCCGCUCGCGGCUGCCUCCGGUCGCGCCCCCGUCGUGGGCUCUCUGCGGCCUCCUGCCUCUUAAGGUUCUUCUCACCCUCUUCGACUUGGAGCUCCAGGAGCUGUCGCCGGCAAGCAAAGCGAGGCUCAUUGAACAAGCUCGAGUCGAUUGCAAGCGCCAUCCGCCCGGGUACCUCGAGAGCAAAAGGGACAACGCACUGCCGUCAUUCAGCAAGUCGCCAGAGGAAUUGGCGGAGCUCCUCGCGCAGUUGAAGAACAAACCGCGCGUCCCAGGCCGACACCGCCCGCUGGUCUGGAGAGAGUCCCAGACGGAGAUUCUCGUCACCGCCGAGCUCGCAAAGAUCUUCGCGCACCAACUCCUCCCGCAGUCUGCUACGUGCGGCAUGUACUCGACAAUCGAACUAUGCAGUCCGCUCCCGGACUCCUGGUCGCCUUGGCAAGACAUUUCUCAAGGAAAGGAGAAGUUUCCCGUCCCAGCUGUCAACGACGUCGACGAUCUUCCGCCUCCCGUAGACUUCUCGUACCAAGUGCGGAAUGUGUGCUUUUCGCGCUUGCCGAACUUCUGCAUGCUGUGCCUGUGCGCGGGCUGCGUCCCACCCGACAAAGACACCUCCAUCUGGGAGCGCAUAGAAGUGGAAGGCUACAGUUCGGGGCUCAGAGAUCCUGAGACCGGCCGCGUGUACUGCGCCGGAAGCAACUUAUCUUUCGUUAAAGAAACGUCGACGCUCGCCGUCUGCACGUCCUACUGCUUAUGCGACAAAACCGUUUGCACAAACAGGUACCCCGAAGACUUGGCGUACCCGGUCAUGGUCGCGAAAACGAAACUGGCAGGGUGGGAACUUCGGACACAGGUGGAAAUUCCUGCAGGCGCGUUUAUAAUGCAGUACGUGGGAGAGAUAAUGUGCCGCGCGACAAUGGAAGGCCGGAGUCGACAUAACAGCCGAAGAGGCUACCACAACUACUGCAUGGAAAUCGUGCAGGACGAAUGGGACUGGGAGGACAACUGGAAGCUCCCAUGCAUAGACUCGCUGUUUCUCGGGAACGCUAGUCGCUUUUUAAACCACUCCUGCGAGCCGAACGUCGAGGUUCGGAAUAUUUGGCGAGGGCCGUUGUUGCCAGUUGUUGGUGUCUUCUCUCGGCGGGCGAUAAAGGCCGGCGAGGCGCUAACUUACGCAUAUGGAGCAGGGUAUGAAACGAUAAAGUGCUGGUGUGGGGCAAAAACCUGCAAAGGCUACAUCGGAGAUGGUACGAGCGUCGAGAAGAAGGAAGAGGGAAAGCGUGCGGACAGAGAAUUGAGAAAAAAAGUCCGGAACGCAGCAGAUGUGGUGGUAGUUGAAGGGACAGAAUUUGAACUUGUCGAACUCUCAGACGAUGAAACCCAGCAGAAAAAGCAUGCCGCACACAGGCGGUAA